AUGUUGCUCCAAUGGUUUCCUGUUCGGUCUGGAACUUCUCGCAAUCAGACAGGAAGCUCACAGGCUAGAAGGGCAGGUUCAAUGAGCGGUCUGUUGACACCUGCAGCCACUGGUGGGCCUCGAGCCAGGAGUCUUUCAGCAUCUAGUCCUCAACAUCCUUCCAGCCAUGGUGCACCUAGGUCUCCUGUGAAUAGGAUCAUCCAGCGAGCAUGUUCGCCAUUGGGAAUAACCCCGUCAACUUUACCAGGGAGCAAUCACUCAGCAUCUCACACUGCCGUUGAGAGGCAUGGUGGUAACAUCACCUUGGAGACUCCAUCUGAACAAUCUCUUGAUGAUCCUAUCAUGGCUGGUGUGCACCGCCAGAGAGCGGACUCCGAUGAUGGCUAUGACAUGACUCGGUCGCUUUCACCUUCAGAGUCAAAAAGACUCAAGUCUGCACUUCAGAGCCGCCUGACAGCAUGUCUCCUGUCACAUAACCUCACCGCAUAUGUCACUGACACACACACGAACAUUAUGGAAUUUAUCAAGAGCCAUCAAGAGGUAUUCAAAAUGCCAGCUGCGCUAAUCGAUGACGUGGAGCUUUUGGCACAGCUCUCAAGAAUCAUCAGUGAAUUGCUUGCUUCCAUUUGUGGUAACCUCAAAGCCAAGUUGGUCACAUCACUCGCCAAACGCAUGAGUGUCAUGGACGCGGCCAAAUCACUCACUCACAGUAUAAUUGAGGUUGAUGCUUCUCAUUGGAACAGAUAUGCAUUUUUGCGGUGGUGCUUGCAAAUAUGUCUCAUUGGAAUCAGUGACUUCAAAACAAUCCCACUCAAAGACCUUUAUUCGACCUCACUCAUUCCAUCUCUCCAUAGAGACCUACACGUCAAAAUUGCCGAGGCACUCAAUUGCAAUGUAGGCAUUGAUGCAUGUGAGACCAAUGAGCAGCACGCAAAUGCUACUGAAGGUAACACGUUUGAUUUGGAUCAUCAGUGCUCCACAGGAGAACUCGGAGCGACUUAUGAUCGUGGUGAUGACCUUGGAGAAUGUGAUGCAACUGAUGAUCAUGGCGACAACUUUGGAGAGGGAGACCAUACCAUGGACAACCAAGAAGAAGACGAGUUUUGUGAGAACAGGGAUGACGAGAAAGAAGAAACUGGACAGCAAGAGCCUGAGGUCGACGACGGUGGCUCUGGAUUCAUUCAAGGAACAAACAGCAAGCAUCCUAAAUUCACCUCCACAAAAUUCUGGAAUUUCAUGGAUUGCUCACUCAAAGCUAUCCACAAAGCUGCAAGGGAAGAGGCAGGAGAUUACGAAGGGGCAGGCCGCGGAGCAUAUGAAAAUGCAGUACAAAACAUUCUCGUUGAAUAUUUUCAGAUGGACCUUGUUGAGUUUCCAGGAAGCAUGGUUGUCCCAAAGCUCCUCGCCACGACCAGUCCUCAUGGCAGACAACUAUUCAGGAUUCACUGCUUUGGAACUGAGAUCCGUGGUAGCAUACUUAUUCCAAUCCUUUAG